CUGUGUAUAAAGAUUAAUUCGGUAUAAUUCGGUAUAUACGCGGUAAUUAAAGACACAAACCGCGUACGAAACUGUACGUACCGGCAAGUAUUUUAUCAAACUGGCGGCACAAGGUUCAACUGGCUUAUCGCUGUCGCACAGCUGUGCAUGCGUACGACGCAUCAUCCGCUCGGUUGUUUCCACAGCUGACUGGCACAAAGCUUAACAACUUCGUCAACAACUUUUGGCUGUUGCUCUGUUUAUCACAACCAUAACACUGAUUUUCUCCUUACAAGGUACAAUUUUUUGCUGAAUUUAUUUUAAUUUUCGCGAAAAUGGCGUGGAAAUCGUGGACAUGGCGGGAUUGGUUGAUCCACCUCCUGCGUUUAUAUAUUGAUUUUAUUUCCGACCUCUUGUUCGGCGUGUACUACCGCUUCUUCGGCUCCCACCAGCGUCUGCCGCCCGUCCGCUCGGACCUCCUUCGUCUGAGCGCCACCGCCCUGGCGCGGCGCAUCCGUGCCGGGCAGCUGUCCAGCGCCGACGUCGUCGACGCCUACAUCCAGCGCAUCCAGGAGGUCAACCCCGCCAUCAACGCCGUCGUCGCCCAGCGCUUCGAGCAGGCGCGCCGCGAGGCCCGGGACCUCGACCGCCGCCUGCGGGACACCGGCUUCGAGGGCCUCGACGACGGGGAGUUCGCCGAGUCCCGGACGCCCCUCCUCGGCGUCCCCAUCACCGUCAAGGAGUGCCUGCAGGUCCAGGGCAUGCCGCAGACCUCCGGGGCGGUGGCGCGCCGGCAUGUCGUGGCGGAGGCCGACGCCGAGGCCGUGCACCGGCUGCGACGGGCCGGGGCCAUUGUCCUGGGGGUGACCAACAUCUGCGAGGUGUGCAUGUGGUGGGAGACGGAUUGCAAGGUGUACGGGCGCACCCGGAACCCGUAUGAUGUCAACCGGACGGUGGGCGGGUCGUCCGGCGGGGAGGGCGCGAUUAUCGGGGCGGCGGGGUCACCAUGCGGGAUCGGGUCGGAUAUAGGCGGGAGUAUCCGCAUCCCGGCGUUCUUCUGCGGGGUGUUCGGGCAUAAACCCACGCGAGGGCUGACACCGUUGACGGGGAAGUUCCCGGCUAGUAAUGAGAAUACGGCUCGGUUUAACACCGUCGGACCGCUGUGUCGGUACGCGGAGGACCUCCGACCUUUCUAUAAAGUUGUUUUGGGACCGGAAGCGAGGACUUUAUCCCUGGAUACCAAGGUGGACUUGUCGAGGUUGCGCGUCCACUACAUCCUGCAGAUCGAGCACCCCUUCAUCACGCCGGUACGCAGCUACAUCAAGGAGGCCGUGCAGAAGGCCGCGAACCACCUGGCCUCCAAGCACCGCGCCCAGAUCGUCCCCGAGGCGCCGAUCAAGGAGCGGCUGGCGGCCUUCCGCUACACCGGCGACUUCUGGACGUCGGAGAUCAUCCACGAUCCGAGUCAUUCCUUCUCGGCGGAUAUGCUCAACGGCGCCGGGGAACUACAGCCGCGGGCGGAAGCCCUCCGCUGGAUUAGUGGGCGGUCGGAACACACGUUGCCGGCGAUUCUCCUGGCCGCCAUGGAACAGGCCACGCCCACCGACCAACAACGGAAACACUGGAGUAAAGUGCGCGAUGAACUGGAGAACGAGAUCGUGGAUAUUCUGGGCAACGACGGCAUCCUCAUCAUGCCGACGCAUCGCACGGCGCCCUAUCAAAACCAGCCCAAAGUGAUGCACCUCAAUAUUCUCUACACCGCGCUCUUCAACACCCUGGGCCUGCCGGUGACGCAUGUGCCGAUGGGCGUGGACGGGGCGGGGCUACCGUACGGCAUCCAGAUCAUCAGCAGCCAUUACAACGACCACCUGACGCUGGCGGUGGCCUGCGAGCUGGAGAAGGCCUUUGGCGGCUGGAGGGAGCCCAGUUAAGCCAGAUGGAAAAGGUCAUCGGAUGCCGCUAUGCCACCGUUAUUUACAUGAGGCGCUAAGUUGCCCCUGAAUUGUUUUGCAGUAAAAAAAAUAACAUUUGUUAUGGUGUGCUGUGUGUGCUAAACUGUAUAGACUCUACGGUUUAUGCCGGUUUUCCGUGUUGCCCACGUCCAGGGCCGUGUUUGUUGUUUGCCGUAUGCCGGUGGGUGUUUUGGCACUCGCUGCUGUUUUAGUGUUUUUUUACCUCGAUGCUGGUUUUUUACGACUUUUUUUCUGAUCCUGCUCACCGCUAAAAUCAGCAGCAGCCUGUGCUGUAUUUCUAACACGGAUUCGCGUUGGUGUUUAAAAAAGUAAUGUUAACGUACGUUACAGAAAAAUAUUGCAAA